AUGGCCCACGCGGGAGAAGGCAAGCGGAUGCCCUGGCUCCCCGUGCUGGUGGUGUCGCUGCUGUGCUCGGCCAGAGCAGAGUACUCCAACUGCGGUGAGAAUGAGUACUACAACCAGACCACAGGGCUGUGCCACGAGUGUCCGCAGUGUGGCCCAGGGGAGGAGCCCUACCUGUCCUGUGGCUACGGCACCAAAGAUGAGGACUAUGGCUGUGUCCCCUGCCCGGCGGAGAAGUUUUCCAAAGGAGGCUACCAGAUAUGCAGGCGCCACAAAGACUGCGAGGGCUUCUUCCGGGCCACCGUGCUGACGCCGGGGGACAUGGAGAAUGAUGCUGAGUGUGGGCCGUGUCUCCCUGGCUACUACAUGUUGGAAAACAGACCCAGGAACAUCUACGGCAUGGUCUGCUACUCCUGCCUCCUGGCACCCCCCAACACCAAGGAAUGUACAGGAGCCAGCUCCGGAGUCUCUGCCAACUUCCCCAGCACCUCUGGCAGCAGCACCCUCUCUCCCUUCCAGCACGCCCACAAAGAGCUCUCAGGCCAAGGGCACCUGGCCACAGCCCUGAUCAUUGCCAUGUCCACCAUCUUCAUCAUGGCCAUAGCCAUUGUCCUCAUCAUCAUGUUCUACAUCAUGAAGACAAAGCCUUCUGCUCCAGCCUGCUGUACCAGCCACCCAGUGAAGAGUGUAGAAGCCCAAGUGAGCAAGGAAGAGGAGAAGAAAGAGGCCCAAGACAGUGUGGUGAUUUUCUCUGAGAAGGACGAAUUCGAGAAGCUGACCACAGCUCCAGCAAAGACUGUCAAAAGUGAGAAUGACGCAUCAUCGGAGAACGAGCAGCUGCUGAGCCGGAGCAUGGACAGUGACGAGGAGCCUGCCACCGACAAGCAGGGCUCCCCAGAGCUGUGCCUCUUGUCGCUGGUUCACCUGGCCCGGGAGAAGUCGGCAGCCACCAAGUCAGCCGGGAUUCAAAGCCGAAGGAAAAAGAUAUUGGAUGUGUACGCCAAUGUGUGUGGAGUCGUUGAAGGUCUCAGCCCCACAGAGCUGCCAUUUGACUGUCUCGAGAAGACAAGCCGAAUGCUCAGCUCCACGUACAACUCCGAGAAGGCCGUUGUGAAAACAUGGCGCCACCUCGCCGAGAGCUUUGGACUGAAGAGGGAUGAGAUUGGGGGCAUGACAGAUGGCAUGCAGCUCUUUGACCGCAUCAGCACGGCAGGCUAUAGCAUCCCAGAGCUGCUCACAAAACUGGUGCAGAUCGAGCGGCUAGAUGCCGUGGAGUCCUUGUGUGCAGACAUACUGGAAUGGGCCGGGCUUGUGCCCCCUGCCUCCCAGCCACCCACGACAGCCUGA